AGCAAAGUGGACAACGAAGAAGCCGUACACCGGCUGCAGGGGGCGGCAGGGCGAUGGCCCACUGAGGCAUUCGGUUUUUUCUUAUACUCUCUCAUCAAAAUUGCCCACCCCAUGACCACCUGACAAGAAGAAGACACAGAGCCGCGUCUCGUCACACGAGACAUCAAAAUUCUCAUCGCUUUUGGACCACGGGCCAACAGAAAACGCUCAGCUGCAAGCCAUGGAAAGCACCGUCGGAGGCGCCACGCGCUUCAACCGCUGGUUAUCGCAGUCCACUAAUCGGGACAAGGACCAAGACCCGUGGAACGACUUCGUGCAGCAGAGGGCGAGCGACACGAGAGAAAUCAAGAUGGCGUUCGAGGACGACUUCCACCUCACCGUCAUACCGAACUUCCUUCACGACUCGGAUGCUUACAUCGCUAACCUUGAGAACAAGCUGGAACGCCUUCAACAAGUCAUGAUGAGGAACCCAAGCCCAAAAGAAAUGGUCGCAGCCAUAGAGCGAGCCAAAGCCUUACGUAUGAAGAAUGCUGAAAUGAACCCUGAACUGAAUGCCAAGCCACCAGAUGAGUCUGCAGAGGAUGACGACGGAGGGCUCCUGGCAUUGUGGCCAACCUUGAUCUUGCCGAUAUCGAGGAGGUUCUUCCCAAGGCUGGCCUUGACAAGGGAGGAGGCCCACAACUUGCUCAAGUUCGACCAGCUGCAAAUGCACUACCAGGACGAAAUGAACAACAACGCUGGAACUGUGGAGGCCGAGGGUUACGAAAUCAAAGAAGCCAACACGGCCCCGGAUACCAGCUGGGACCAGCAGCAAAGAGACAGCAGCAUCGAACAGCAUGUUGUUGUGUUUGAGAGUCCAGAAGCUAACGAACUUCAAAUCCCGAAGAACUGGAUCAACGAAGACAUUCAUCAGGAGAUUCAUCGCAGCAAUAUCAUCCUGCCCGAGGACACGACAAACGCACGCGUAACUACGAAUCGCUCAGCGCUGUCCCUUUCAGCUAACACAAAUGCGAUGCAAGAGGCAUCCACUAUCACAUCUUUUACACCGACCCGGCGAAGCGAAGAUGCCUUCUAUCACUUUGCCUACAUCAAGAGUUCCAUGACUUCCACCCAAGACAGCGUAAAGGCGGAGACUCCAUCGGAACAUCGCGCCUGUGCGGGCAAUGCGAAGCACGCCCGUUCAAACAGUAGUUCAAAGACGAUGCCGUGCGACCAGAACCCGUUUACUUCGGCCUGCAGCACGGAGCUGCCGUACAAGCGACGCUCUUCGUUUGUCCCGGAAUGUGGCACAGUGGUGGAAAGCAACGUCUUGAGCAAGUCGUCUGCUAACAUCUCUGAGGUCGCUGCCAGGGACCAGGUUGUGCUGACAACGAAAUCUUCGCCCUCUCUCAAGCUACCGAAAAACGCUGAGGGCAAUGACUUGUCAACGGCAGCAGAUGAAGAUGAUGCACAGCCAGAGGAGAUAGAUGAGGACAACAGUUGCAGACAAAGCAGAGAUCUUGGACUGCAGGAAGCGGUAUCCAGUGUCGGGAGCAACGAGAGCAGUUCAGAGCGAACGACAUGCGAGGACAGCCCAGCGGGCAUGAACAAUGCCCAGAACAUGAUCCUCCCAGAAGUGACCAUGGCUUCUUCAUCAACGAAGGAAAGUGAUGACCAAGCGCAGUCUGUGCAUGAAGAUGUCGAGAGAGUUCCAGUUGGGACGAGAGGCAGUGGCCAGGGACUGCAGCCGAUUGUUCCGGAAGUCACAGUUGCAUCUUCCUCGACACACGACAGCCUGGGCACAGGCAUCGAAGGGCCUUGGCUUUUUGAGAAGGAAUCCGACAUGUCUCUUGGCAGGGAAGAUGUCCUUCAGCACAUGUCAUCACUGGUGCGAGCCAGCAUUGAUGAAGAGGACGAACCACCAAGGGUUGAUGGAAAUCAAGCCAGUCAGCUGUCCGCAGUCUGCACGCAACUGUCUUCGACAUGUGGCUACAGCGACAGAACACAAACCAAAGCAAGUGAAGGGACGUCUGGCAAUUUCACUACCAACUACAGCGACCCGCACAGCAACCUUUUUGACGAAGAGUCCUUGGUUAAGGGAGAAGAGGGCCAGGCACCGAUCAUUAGAAUGUAUGGCCCUUUUCCCCCCGACAUCCAGGCGGCGUUGCAGGGAAACCUGCUCUCGUGGGCCCAUCCACGUGGAGCUGAACCACCACGCAAUCCUCGUGAAGUAGUCAGCCCGAAGCUGGUUUCUCUGCCAGCGGUGAACUCGGACGUUGCAGAAAGAAUGGGUGCCGUCACGCACCACGACAGCCUGCCACUUGCCACAAAAGAUGACAAGCGCAGCGUGAAGGCAACGUCUCAACAGUGCGCCACAACCGUUGACCACCUGUACAGUGAUCAUAACUGGGCAGGUUUCAAGGUGCCACUUUCCAAGGACAAGAAAUGCCGAAAGGUGUCCUCGACGAAAUCGCAACGCUCGAAAGAGCGCAGCUCUGCGAGCAGUGUGGCAUCAGCGCCGAGUGCCACUGAGUCGCGGACUGAAGAGAGACCCACACGAUUGUCUUCGAGUAAGCUUUCAACAUCGUUGACGUUCAAAAACCGGCAGCGAUCCGUACACUGGUUUAAGACCAUUGAAGAUGUCGACAGUGAUACUGUGGUCAAGGACUGUGACUACAUGGUCACUAGUCUGGUGAAAAUGAAAGUGCCUGUAGAGAAUAAGGAGGUGGCAGCGGCCCCAAAGGUGCAGAGCAAGGCAUUGAAUGAACCAAGUAACUCUGAUCGGAAUGAGGACAGCACUGUCGAGGAAUGCUACAAAAAGUUCGCAACCCGCGUCCUGGAGGAGGAAGUGAUUGUGGCCGGCAAAGUCAACAGUUGCCUGGAAUUCUUUGAGACCUCUUGCAGCAAGGAGGGAGGUACUUCGCAAGACCAAGAGGACACAAUGGCUGCCACUAAAUAUAAAGAUAAUGAGGUUGCUUACGAGAGUGCGGCACCUGUGGAGUUGCUCAAAGGACACGAUAAACCAGCAAGAGGUCCAGUGACUGCAGAGGACUCGACAGCUGCUAGAAAAGACGAAGGAAGAGCUAUUGUCGAUACUGCGGAGCUGUCGGAAUCAGUUGAAGUUCAAAGCAAAAUGGUGACAGCUCUGAAAUCUGUACAGGGGUCAAUGAUGGCAAUUGACGGUGAACACAAGAAUGCUGCAGUGAACUCUGAUACAGACUUGCCUGAAGUACUGAGUAUGACAGCAAGCUCCCUGAAUGACGAAGACGCCUCGGUCACUAAUGCGGAAGGUGGUGGAAAGAAUGCUGAUGCUGCUAGUGUGUCAGGACUUCCCAAGUUACCCGAAGAGCCUUCACGGAAAGCUUCUUUUGUAAGGAGUCGGGAACACCUGGAAGCCAUUGUGAACUCGCAGAGGGCAUGUACCGCUGCCAAAGCGGCAGACUUUUCUGGAACAGCUGAAGGGGCCAGAAGUAAGCCAAACAGUUGUGACAAAUCCGCCGAGGUUUUGAAAAGCACAGGUGAGCAGAAUAUGACAGCUCCGACUUCGGAACAAGAGCCAGUGACCACUAAAUUGGCAAGUCAUGCUGUACCCACGUCCAGUAAGUUUGCCGACGCACAGACACAGGUUACUCUUUCUCAUGACCAAGCUGAUCAGAGAGACGACGACAUACAAGCACAGAAGAACAUAGCAAUCGGCUGCGAUAAAUGUGCACCAAAGCCUUCACCAGAACAAGUGACGAAAGGAGCUGAAGUUGUAGCUACGCAGGACGAUUCUGGUGCAUUGAUGAGAGAUGCGAGAGAGUCCCAGUUGCACGUUAACUUGGACAACAGGCAAGCUGCUGCGUCAGAAAAGGACACAAAGAAAACUGCUGAAGGAGAAGACAAGGAUAAUGAGGAUUCACCGGCCAACAACGACAGUACCAUCUUGCAGUGCCACGAGCUUGCGGGUUCCAGUCAGUUUUCUACAUUCUCGGCCUCGAACAAGGGCUCGCCGCCAGUACCCAGGUCGUUCAACAUGGGGAGAACGCUGCGCAUCACAACAACGAAACAGUUCAAGCCACUUAAUCUGAGGCGCUCAAUCACGGGCAUACUUGGAAGCGACAGCAGCCUCAUAGGAAGGCCGCUGUCGAUACAGAGCAGAGAAGUGGUGCUUCCGCGGGCUCCGCAGCGCCCAGAAAAAGGCAAAAAACCAUCGGUUGACCUCAAGAAUGUCAGCUGUGCCCCCGGCAGCUCGUCCGGGAAAUCCGGGUCCUGUGAAAAGGUCAAUGGGGUGAAUAACACAGAGUCGCCAGCUUCUGAACUACCAGCACGGAGGAGCCGUUCCAUGGCCGAAGAUCACACAAGGGCAAAUCUAGGAAGCUGUGCUGCGAGAUCCAGAACGCAACAAACCGUUGGUCCACAUUCGGGUACAGUUCCGGGGGACACACCAGACUUCAACAAGUCUCAUGCAGAUGCAACUCCCUCGGAGAGUAAAGAGAACAAAGGCAGCGUGAAAAUGAAACACAAAGCCAAGGAUGGCAGGCGCUCACAAAGUCAGCUGCCUCUCAAAAAGCGCACGUGCUACCGUGCAGAUCAAACCGCACAAAUGCCAGAAAGUCAAAACAUCCAAAACAUCGAUCCAGAUGAAGUAUCUCUGCCAGCACAGCAUGAAGGAGAGGAGAAGAGCACAGUGGCGGCGAAAGCAAGCCUGAAUAAGGCAGAAAGGGAAGGCACUGAUUGUGCUGCAGCGUGCAACGACACACCUCCAGCUCGAGCGACCAUGAAACCAGAUGCAUUUCAUGAAAGCGAGGACAUGGACUUUGGGAAUCUGGAAUACCCAUCGGAGAGUGCUCCGGAAGAGAGAACCAUCUCCUUAAUUGCCGAAUCUCAGUACAGCGCCAUCUAUGGAGCUGAAAUCAGCCAUGUCCCCCUGAUCUCCGCCAUCCUGGGCGGCGACGCCAACGUAGAGAGCGUGAAACUAUGCCAGUCUCUACCUUCGACCUGUGAAUCCAAGGACGAUCCGCCGCAAAACGAGAACAUGACCGUGCCCACUGCAGCUCCAGAGGAGACUGUCUGUCGUGGAGGGACACACGAGUGCCAGCCUUAAGUUCGAGCACUCAACCAUGCCCGUUCGUGAACCGGGGCCGUCUAAGUACCGCUGGAUGAAGGGCGGCGAGAGACACAUUGACAGCUCCAGAAUGAGUUCAACGUCUGUUCUGUCAAACGCCAUUUGAUGUCACAGUGAUCCCGCCAUGAACGACGCUCGUGCUGACUGUCAACCAGGAGGCAGUUAUAGACUUUAAAAAACCCCAGUCAUCUGCCUGAUGGACAGGCGAACAUCCUACAGAGUGCAGCUAUUAAUCGUUAUCAAGUGAGAGGACUGAAUGCGGCAUCAACCGGAUUCCAUAGCAUCCUGUAAUGCUAGAGCACAAAAAUAACGAAGGCAUCACGCCAUACAAGUGGCCAAUCUUUAUAAUAAAGCAUUAAAGAAAUCGGCUGCUGUGAAUUCAGUUAACACGCGUCAUAAGCCUCAGAAACCCUAAGAGCAAAAAUUUAAUCAUUAUUGCAGCGAAGAGAGACGCUAGUGGGUCCAGCGCUUUUGCUCGCAACGGCGCUCAUGCUUGAAAGCAGUCUCGUUUGACUGUCGACGCUGCGCUGCUCCGAUCUCUAAUAAACCCUUUACAAUUAGUGGAGGUGCUGGGUGCUAAUAAACCCUUUACAUUAUAAAUACCCAGCUAAAGUACUAUUCUAGAAGGCUCACAUUAGCUUUAUGUCAAGAGAUAACCUAGCUGCAGACGAAAUUGUAAAGGAAGGGGUCGAACAAUUCUGCAACUCAAACUGCCCUCGACGAAUGAGGUCUCUUGUGUAAGUGUGCUGGCAGCAUUGAAGGUGUGUAGGGCUCAGCUGGACACUACUGCCUGCUUUAUAUUAGAGACUGGUCCAUUUGUGACCCAAAAAUAGC